AUGGGCCUUUUAGCGUUAGGCACAGCCCUGGACUGGCCGGACGCAAAGAAAGCGGCAGGUCAAGUACGCGAAUGGGGUAUCGAGCAACUGCUCGGAAUAUGGCGCAAGGCCAAGGGUAAAGAGCGUGAUGCUCUCCUUUGGGGCGACGAGGUUGAAUAUCUCGUCGUCGCAAUCGAUGAUGAGCAGAAAAAGGUUCGUCUGUCGCUGUGUCAGGCGGAUGUGUUGAAAGCAUUGGCCAAAGACCAGGCUCUUGCGGGCCAGGAUGUCACAGUGCCGGAUCUCCAGAAUGGCGUUGCUUCCACCGGCGCCCUUCCCACCUUUCAUCCCGAGUUCGGCCGGUUCAUGCUGGAAGCUACGCCUGGGAAGCCUUGGGGCAUCGACUUCAAGGAUCUUCUGGCCGUGGAGGAUGACAUGAGGCUGCGCCGCGAAAUCGCAAAGGCGCAUAUGGGGCUUGACGAAUUCCCGAUCACGCUGACGACCUUCCCUCGCCUCGGCCUGCCAGACACGAUCAAGCCCGAUUAUCCUCCUUCAGGCCCGGCGUUGCGGUCACAGUUCGUUCCCGAUGAGAUCGCCAACCCGCACAUCCGCUUCCCUACCUUGGCUGCCAAUAUCCGAUCACGAAGAGGGAGAAAAGUCGAGCUCAAUGUUCCCGUUUUCAAAGACAAGAACACGCCGUCGCCGUUCAGCGACCCGACUGUCAACUACGAUAUGCACAACUGGCCUGAAGAUGACGAUGUUCGAAAUGGUGCUGUCAAACAAGAUUGCGUCUACAUGGACGCCAUGGCCUUCGGCAUGGGUAGCUGCUGCCUCCAGAUCACAUUCCAGGCCAAGAACAUCCGCGAGGGUCGGACACUUUAUGAUCAACUCUCACCUUUGGGCCCGAUCAUGCUAGCGCUCACAGCCGCCACACCGAUUUACAAGGGGUUUCUUGUGGACACUGAUGUACGGUGGAACCAGAUUUCCCGAGCGGUGGAUGAUAGAACACCCGAAGAGCUGGGUGAGAAACCGUUGAAGAACGACCGAUGGCGGAUACCCAAGUCUCGCUAUGCCAGCAAUAGCACAUACAUCGCACAAGACCAUCGGCUACGACGGGAAUAUAUGGACUCGAACCUCAUUGUCAACGAAGAGUUGAAACAGAAACUCGUGGAUGGUGGCAUGGAUGAUUUGCUUGCCACGCAUUUCGCUCACCUUUUCAUCCGCGAUCCGAUCGUGAUUUUCUCCGAAGACCUGAAGGAGCUCGAUCCGGAAGGAUCCAACCAUUUUGAGAACAUCCAGUCCACAAACUGGCAGCACAUGCGAUUCAAGCCGCCUCCCCCAGGCGCGGACAUCGGUUGGCGAGUGGAGUUCCGCAGCAUGGAGAUUCAGAUCACCGAUUUCGAAAAUGCCGCCUUUGCUGUCUUCAUCGUUCUUGUCACACGCGCAAUCCUUAGCUUCGAUCUGAAUUUCUACAUUCCUAUCCCGCGGACGACGGAGAACAUGGAAACGGCGCACAUCAGGGAUGCAGUUAUGAAGGAGAAGUUCUGGUUCCGGAAUGAUCCUUUCCCGAAGAAAAGGACUCCGAAGGACUCGCCGGUACAGUCACCGGUGCUGAACGGAGUCAGCGAACCGUCCCCCUGGACAGGCUCAUCGACGCUCCAGAACGAUGCGCAGGGAUUAAACGGUCCGAUUGAUACUCCGCUCGGUCCCGUCGAGGAGGAAUACUCGCGCAUGUCUAUCGACGAGAUCAUCAACGGCGCCCACGAAGGCUUCCCUGGGCUGAUACCCCUCGUGGAAUCAUAUCUCGACAGUGUGAAUAUCGACAUCGACACGCGGUGUCGCCUAGCCGUCUAUCUGGACUUGAUCCGCAAACGAGCCAAUGGUACAUUGUGGACGGGUUCGAAGUGGAUUCGGAACUUUGUCCGCACUCACCCUGAGUACAAGGGAGACAGCGCCGUCAGCGAUAAGGUUGUGUACGACUUGUUCGAGGCGGUCCGGGAGAUCGAACGGACUCAGGGAAAAAAGAAGAGCACGGGCUGGGAGAUGCUUUCUGCGAGGGAGAGGCCGAGGGGGUUAGAUGAUUGA